GAGCCUGGAUCCUCAAGGAACAGGUAGACCUGGCCGCGGGGAGUGGGGAGGGAAGGGGUGUCUAUUGGGCAACAGGGCGGGGCAAAGCCCUGAAUAAAGGGGCGCAGGGCAGGCGCAGGUGGCAGAGCCUUCGUUUGCCAAGUCGCCUCCGGACUUCAAACAUGAAGCUUGUCUUUCUCGCCCUACUGUUCCUCGGGACCCUCGGACUGUGUCUGGCUGCCCGUAGAAGGAGUGUUCGAUGGUGCGCUGUAUCCCAACCCGAGGCCAAAAAAUGCUCCCAAUGGCAAAGGAAUCUGAGAGGAGUGCGUGGCCCUCCUGUCAGCUGCAUAAAGAGAGCCUCCCCCACCAACUGUAUCCAGGCCAUUGCGGCAAACAGGGCCGAUGCUAUGACCCUUGAUGGUGGUUUGAUGUAUGAAGCAGGCCUGGCCCCCCACAAACUGCGACCUGUAGCAGCGGAAGUCUACGGGACCGAAGAAAAGCCACGAACCCACUAUUAUGCCGUGGCUGUGGUGAAGAAGGGCAGCGGCUUUCAGCUGAACGAACUGCAAGGUCUGAAGUCCUGCCACACAGGCCUUAACAGGACCGCUGGGUGGAAUGUCCCUAUAGGGAUGCUUCGUCCAUUCUUGAACUGGACGGGUCCACCUGAGCCCAUUGAGGCAGCUGUGGCCAGGUUCUUCUCAGCCAGCUGUGUUCCCGGUGCAGAUGAAGGACAGUUCCCCAACCUGUGUCGCCUGUGUGUGGGGACAGGGGAAAACAAAUGUGCCUUCUCCUCCCAGGAACCGUACUUCAGCUACUCCGGUGCCUUCAAGUGUCUGAGAGACGGGGCUGGAGAUGUGGCUUUUAUCAGAGAGAGCACAGUGUUUGAGGACCUGUCAGACCCGGCUGAAAGGGACAAUUAUGAGCUGCUCUGCCCAGACAAUACUCGGAAGCCAGUGGACAAGUUCCAGGAGUGCCACCUGGCACGGGUUCCUUCUCAUGCCGUUGUGGCACGAAGUGUGAAUGGCAAGGAGGACGCCAUCUGGGAGCUUCUCCGCCAGUCACAGGAGAAGUUUGGAAAGGACAAGUCACCAGCAUUCCAGCUCUUUGGCUCCCCAAGAGGGCAGAAGGAUCUGCUGUUCAAGGACUCCGCCAUCGGGUUUUCGAGGGUCCCCCCGAGGAUCGAUUCUGGGCUGUACCUUGGCUCUGGCUAUUUGACUGCCAUCCAGAACUUGAAGAAAAGUGAGGAGGAGGUGGCUGCCCGGCGUGCGCGGGUCGUGUGGUGUGCAGUGGGCCAGCAGGAGCUGGAAAAGUGUGACCAGUGGAGUGCCCUGAGCGAAGGCAAUGUGAACUGCUCCUUGGCCUCCACUGCGGACGACUGCAUCGCCCUGGUGCUGAAAGGAGAAGCUGAUGCCAUGAGUUUGGAUGGAGGAUAUGUGUACACUGCAGGCAAAUGUGGUUUGGUGCCUGUCCUGGCAGAGAACUACAAACCCCAACAAAGCAGUGACCCUGAUCCUAACUGUGUGGAUAGACCUGUGGAAGGAUAUCUUGCCGUGGCGGUGGUUAGGAAUUCAGACACUGGCCUUACGUGGAACUCUCUGAAAGGCAAGAAGUCCUGCCACACCGCCGUGGACAGGACUGCAGGCUGGAACAUCCCCAUAGGCCUGCUCUUCAACCAGACGGGCUCCUGCAAAUUUGGUAAGGAGUCCCAGAGGCGCGGUGGGUGGGCCCCCCUGGGGGGUAGGCACAUUGUGCUGCGGAACCUUAGCAAAGGGAGGGGAGGGAUUUGCAGGCUGAUAAGAAAAUACUUAGUCAAACGGCCCCUGGGACUGAACCACGGAUUUAAUCCUCUGUUGCCUGUGUUUGGCAUGCAGCAGCGGGCAUAUUUUCUGGAACAUUUUAGGUGCCUGGCUGAGAAUGCUGGAGACGUUGCGUUUGUGAAAGAUGUCACUGUCUUGCAGAACACUGAUGGAAAGAACACUGAAGCAUGGGCUAAGGAUUUGAAGCUGAACGACUUUCAGCUGCUGUGCCUCGAUGGCACGCGGAAGCCUGUGACUGAGGCUAGGAGCUGCCAUCUCGCCACGGCCCCGAAUCAUGCCGUGGUGUCUCGGACAGAUAAGGUGGAACGCCUGAAACAGGUGCUGUUCGACCAACAGGCUAAAUUUGGGAAAAAUGGAUCUGACUGCCCGGGCACAUUUUGCUUAUUCCAGUCGAAAACCAAAAACCUUCUGUUCAAUGACAACACUGAGUGUCUGGCCAGACUCCAUGGCAAAACAACAUAUGAAAAAUAUUUGGGACCACAGUAUGUCACAGCCAUUACUAAUCUGAAAAAGUGCUCAAGCUCCCCCCUCCUGGAAGCCUGUGCGUUCCUCCAGAAGUAAAACCCGAGAAGAUGGCCCAGGCUCCCCAAGGAAGCCUCAGCCAUUCACUGCCCCCAGCCCUUCUCCCCGGGUGUGCUGGGGCCUUGGCCUCCCUGGCUGAGGGUGGGGAUUGCCCAUCCAUCUGCUCACAAUUCCCUGCUGUCGUCUUAGCAAGAAAUAAAAUGAGAAAUAUUGUUGAUAUUCUCUCCUUA